CUGCUGUUACUGUAGUUUGGAGCCGACAGGACUCAGAAGUGAACGUAGCAGCAUCUAGGGAUCGCUGAAGAACAGUUUUUAAUUUUCAUCCUCAUUCCAUUAUUUUAUGAUUUGUACAUUUGUGUAGAUAUAUAUAUAUUCUAAAUUCUAUUUUUUUAAGGAAUAAAUAAAAAAAGCCGGAGAAGAUGGAACUGAAUUCGCUUUUAAUUUUGCUGGAGGCUGCAGAAUAUUUGGAGAGAAGAGAUAGAGGUGUGUCCACAGAGGCAGAACACGGUUAUGCGUCUGUUUUUCCUUACAGCAACGACUUUUCCAGAAAGAAAACUAAAGCUGCACCAAUUUCAAGAAAAGCUCAGAACAAUAGAUCGUCACACAACGAGCUGGAGAAACACAGACGUGCCAAGUUAAGGCUCUACUUGGAACAGUUGAAGAAGCUGGUGCCUUUGGGUCCUGACAGUACGAGACACACCACCCUGAGCCUCCUGAAAAGGGCCAAAAUGCACAUCAAGAAGCUGGAGGAGCAGGACAGGAAGGCUCUAAACGUGAAGGAGCAGCUUCAACGAGAGCACCGCUACCUCAAACGCCGCCUCGAGCAGCUCUCCGUUUCGGGAUCCGUGGAGCGCAUCCGCACCGACAGCAUGGGCUCUACCAUUUCCACCGACUCAGAGCAAGAGGUUGACAUCGAAGGUAUGGAGUUCACACCGGUGGAGGCGGACAGCAUAGACAGCAUCAGCGACGGCGACGAGGAGGAGGAGGACCACUACAGCGUCCAGAGCAGCUCCAGCGACACCAGCUACACAGCCGCACAUUCCCACAGACUGCAGCCGCACCACUGUUAGGCGCCUCC